AAGGAGCUGCUUCUGGUACUAUCAGAGGAGCGGCCGCGCAACCAUCUGGACAUGAGGAAUCGGCUCAACUCACAGGGCAAGCGCGAGGGCAAGCUCAUCGACUACAGGGUGAGUGAGCUGCGAGCAGUGGAGAUCCUGGACGGGCUGUGCAAGAAGAUGGACAAAUACUCCAUCGUCACUAAGGACGAGAGGCGGGUGUGGAGCUCCCACCGCGACUAUUCUCGAUCAGCCAACACUGACAGAAAGAAGCUGAUUCGGGAGGAGCAGGGCAAGGAAAUCAAGCGGUGGUGUGACAGGGUGCUGGAGGAGUAUGAAGACGAUAUCACGGCACAGCUGCGGUCAGGCGACCUGAACAUGGACGCGGACGUGCCGGCGCUGCUGUGUGCGCGCAUCACAGGCAGCUGCAAGGCCAAGGCGCUGCAGCGCGAGGUGCUCGCUGCCGAUGAUGGCUCCUCGCCCUCCUCCGGUCUAGGAGCACAGAAGCUUGCAACCCCUGCCAAUCCCAUGGAUUGGAUACCCUCCUGCACACCCGCUCUCCUUACACCAUCUCCUGCUGCCGUCCCGUCCCACCCUCCUCCGCUUCUCCCAUUCCCAUGGUUCUCCCAUUCCCAUGGUUCUCCCAUUCCCAUGGUUCUCCCAUUCCCAUGGUUCUCCCAUUCCCAUGGUUCUCCCACCUCCCUCUCCCCACCUUAUCGUGCCCACGCGCCAUGUGCAACCAUGUCACGACUCCCUGCCAUCAGAGUGAGCGCCACCAUAUCGCCAUCCACGGGUGGCGGCCUCGUGGAUGUGACCGACGAGCAGGGCACCUCGGGUGCUGAUGCAAGUGACAAGGCUGGGGAGGCAGCAGCAGAAGCAGUGGAUGAGUUAUGA